ACACUCAUUGACAGUGAAGAGGAAGUACUCAAUGAAGAUACAACCUCUGGGAAAGGAAUAGAGUUCACUGGCCUCGUUCCCUUUACGUCAUACACACUGUCAGUAUCUGCCGAUAAUCAGUUUGGUUCAGGACCCAAUGCCUCGAUUACAGCUCAAACAGAAGAAGGAAUUCCUCUGCCCCCAAGCCAAGUCGCUUUUCCAGUUACGAGAAGCGACUGGAUCAACGUAGUGUGGAACGCUCCUAGUCCUCCUCAUGGCAUUAUCAUCAGCUACGAGAUCCGCUAUUGGAAGACAUGGUCAGGGAACCAAACAUCGACAGUGAAAAUCACUAAGCAGCUUGGUAGUCAAGGCCAGACGAAGAAGAUCUCGAAUUUGGAAGGGAGUCAUAAAUACUCAGUACAGGUCCGAGCUGAGACAAGUGUUGGACAUGGUCCAUGGAGUGACAUUGCAACAGUUACAACCGACCCCGGAGUGGACGCAGUAACUCAGAUACCGCCCAUCACCAGACAGAGCAGUCUUCUGAUUAUCGUUAUCUGUGUGGUCAUUGCUGCUGCUGUGGUCGUAGUUGGUGUAAUAUGUUACACCCGAAGACGUCGUAAACGAAGAAGACGGAAUACUCUGCAGCAUCCAGUAGUUAAUGCUGGCCAGGAACUCGUUCUUUAUGAGAAUACCUUACCACGCGAGGAGAAACCCAGUGCAUUAUCCCAAAGGCAUGUCUCUCUUGUGCAGGAGUCAGUUUAUGAACCCGUGGGCCCCGGUUCAUCUGUACGUAGAGAUACACGACCAGCACCACCACCAGAACCACAACCCACAUACGAAGAUGUUGGUUUGCCCAUAUGGGCUAAUCCAUGGAGCGUCUUGUGGGAUGAUUUGAUGGUAGGAAAUAAAGUACUUGGGAAAGGUCACUUUGGUGAAGUAGGUGAUGGUGUUGUAAGAGUAAAAGGAGAUCUAUGCAGGGCUGCGAUCAAAAAGCUCAAAGAAAAUGCAACUUCAGCUGACAGACAACAUUUCUUAGAAGAACUGAAAACUAUGACUCUUCACGGAAGUCAUCCUAAUCUCUUCAAGAUUCUAGGCGCUUGUCAACAUGAAGGUAUAUUAUACGUAGCUAUGGAGUACUUAUCCAACGGUGACCUCCGUUGCUACCUGAGGAAGGCUCGAUCCAUGGAGGAUGAUGGUCAAGCAUCGCUCUCUCCUCAGAAGCUGCUCCAGUUUGCUCUGGAUGUGGCUAAAGGAAUGCAACACUUGGCUGCACAUGGGGUGAUACAUCGUGAUUUGGCUGCAAGGAACAUUCUCCUCGAUGAUAAUCUGGUUGCCAAGGUUUCUGACUUCGGUUUGUCACGUGGAGAAGACGUUUACGUACAGACUUCCAAGACUCGUGUCCCUACUCGCUGGUUGUCCCUGGAAUCACUGACCCACCAGACGUACACCUCGAUGAGCGAUGUGUGGUCCUUUGGAAUCCUGCUGUGGGAGAUAGCCACACUCGGUGGGACACCGUACCCUGGUAUCAAGACUCAGUUCCUGACAUAUAGAUUGCAAAAUGGAUACCGUAUGCCUAAACCGGGCAACUCUGAUGCCAAAAUUUACAAUUUGAUGUUGAAGUGCUGGCAGGAUAAUCCAAAUGAUCGACCAUCCUUCAAGAAACUUGUUUCUGUCCUUAAAAAAAUGGCAGACAGCAACGCGGAUCAGAUCUACAUCCGUCUAUUACCGAGUUCGAACAAGUAUUUGUACGAGAAUAUACACCCGGAGUUCGACGACAACUAACUUGAUUUUUCAAAGUCGCAUGGGCACCGUUUGACACCUCGAACCGAUAAUGUUUUUUUUUCCUAAACCUCCAAAAACAAUCGACUUUUUGAAGGAAUGGACACCGUAACAUUAAUUUUGCUUCUGCUUAUCGUUGUAACGCUUCAAACUCGCUGUUAAAACGCGUAUAGUUGGCUGAAAGGCUGAAUCAAAAUGCUAUUUGGUAGCACAUGUAUUGUUUUACUUUCCAAAACGCCAUUGUAAGUUUACUUAGAUAAUUAAUGACAAAUAAUUUAUAAAAUGUUUUAAUUUAUUUUAUUUUUUCUAGAAAUAGUACCGUUUCAUUGAUGUUAGCCAUACACAGUUGAGUGUUACAUUCGAUCUUUUUACUUGAUCUGUUUUUAUUUGAAAAAAGGAAGUUUAUUCUCUGAGGACACAAAAAAUCACAACAGUACAUAUUGAGUUGGCUUAUUGGUAUCAACUUCAAGUGCUUAGUUUAUUGAACCAUGUCAAACCACAUUUUUUAAUUACCAAAUGGGAAAAAAGUAACUAUUUAAUAACAAACUUUAUUGGACAAUUAUUUGGAGUUCAAACACUGUAACAGUAAUACUAUAGAGAAAAAUUUAACACCGGUCCGCUGUGAAAUAUACACAGAAUGCGAACAAUGCUUUUUAAAACAACAUAUCUUGUAAUACUCGAUUAUUGUAUACGACACCUGUAAAAUGUAUGCUUGGGAUUAUUUGUAUUGAAGUUUUUGAUCGUUGUUUUCAGAUUUUGGUUUGUCGUCCCGUUUGUUUUUCAGUACGCGCUAGUUUUUGACUUGUUUGCGGGAGUUCGUUACUUUGGCAAAUUAUAAUGUUAUUAAGACAAUGAAAUGGGUGGAACGAUGUGAAAUCGUCAGGGUUGUGGUCGUGCGAUAAUGAACUUAGCCGAAGACGUGGUCUUUUAAAUCGCACGGACACGACACUGCUAGGUUUUAAGCGAAAGUCCAAAGGUAACCACUCUUUAAUUUCCAUUCUUUAAUGUCCCUCUUCGUAAUAAUGAGUGUUACAAUUAUUAUUAUAACACCCUUACAAAUAUGUGAUCCCCGGACCGUUCCAUUUUCCAUCGGCUGCGCCUCG